AUGGUUGCUAUUUCAAAGUUAAUUAAUGGGGGCUUGGUAUUAGCCUCUCAAGCUAUUUACCAAGACGUGGCUCAACCUCAACAAGCCUCCCUGGAACAAUUCAAUAUUAUCAGGUUCUUAGGUGGUUCAGCCCCGUACGUUCAACAUCCAGGUUUUGGUAUUUCUACUGAUUUCCCUGAACUGUGUGAGAUUGAACAAGUUCAGUUGAUCUCAAGACAUGGUGAACGUUUUCCUACUGAAAGUAAAGGAAAGAGUUUCAAAUCUAUCUUGAAGAAAUUUGAAGAACACAAGGGUACCUUCAAAGGCGUUUUAGCUUUCUUGAAUGAUUACGACUAUUUUGUUAAGGAUGAUAGUCAAUAUGGAUUGGAAACUACCAACAAGAACUCUCAAGGUACUUAUGCUGGUACUUCCAAUGCUAUGAGACAUGGUACUGCCUUCAGAGCAAGAUAUAACUCAUUAUACAACCCAAAUACUACUUUACCUAUAUUCACUACCAACUCCAACAGAGUCCACCAAACUUCUGAGUACUUUGCUCGUGGUUUCAUGGGUGAUGAUUUCACUAAUGAAAACGUUCAAUUCAACAUUUUUGCUGAAGAUGGAUCCCUUGGUGCUAAUUCUUUAACUACCAGGUAUGCUUGUUCCGCCUAUAAUGAUACAAUCAAUGAUGAUUUAGUAGCUAAAUUUGAUGAUUCCUUUUUGAACGAUAUUGCCAAGAGAAUUACCAAGGACAACGACGAUAUCAACUUAAAGAAAAGUGAUGUUGCUAAUUUGUUUGAAUGGUGUGCUUAUGAAAUUAACGUUUCGGGAUCAUCCCCAGUAUGUGAUCUUUUCACGAAUGAAGAUUUUGUUCAUUACUCCUACUACAAUGAUCUUAACAAAUACUAUUCCACAGGUCCUGGUAACAAUAUUACCUCUGUCAUUGGAUCAGUUCUUUUAAAUGCUUCGUUAGAAUUAUUGGAAGAUGAUAAGGCUGAGAACAAGAUCUGGCUAAACUUCAUCCAUGAUACUGAUAUUGAUCAUUACUUGAGUGCCUUAGGUAUCUUUACUCCUAAAGAACCUUUACCAACUGAUAAAAUUGUAUUUGACAGACAAUUUAUCCAUGGUAACCUUGUUCCUCAAGGUGCUAGAAUUUAUACUGAAAAGCUCAAAUGUGGAGAUGACUCUUAUGUCAGAUAUGUAAUUAAUGAUUCCGUUAUUCCUAUUGAAUCGUGUUCUUCUGGUCCUGGGUUCUCUUGUAAGUUUGACGAUUUCAAGAAAUUUAUUCAACAAAGAUUGGACGGCAUUAACUAUGUUGAACAAUGUGGAGUUGCUCAAAAUGUCAGUCAGUCUUUGACUUUCUACUGGGAUUACACUACCAAGAACUACACUGCUCCAAUUGAGAUUUAGAUAUAAAAGCGUUUGCGACAUAUAUAAAAAAAAAGAAGAAAUCUAUAGAUUUAGCAUAUUUAGAAUCUAGUAAUAAAAUUUCACAACUUGAUGUUACAAAAAAGGCGGAUUCGCUUACCGUUAUUUCUUUUUGACUAGCUAGACUGCUCAACAAUUGUAUUUACCCCCUUUAAUCAUACCCACGGAUAAGUUGAUACUUGGUGGACUGACGUUCAUCUCUAAAGACAUAAUUCUAAUAGUGGUUAAUUAAACAGUACACGUGUAGGGAGCUUGAAGGAGAUUAACAGCCAAUAAUUAUCUGCAAAUACAUGCAUUUGAAACCGCCCGUUGCAUGUUAAGGUUUAUUUACAUUUGACCGAAAUCUGAAUUGAGAUUGCUACGGAUAAUAAU